CCCCUGAUCGGUCCCACCACUUCCGCUCCUGCGCGCUCCAUCCAGAUACUCCUUUCGGCAGACAUGGCCGCCUCACGCUUACCUCCGGGGACGCUAACUCUAAAGCAGUUCCUGAGAAGGCAACAAGUUCUCCUCCUCUACAGAAGGAUUUUGCAAGCAAUCCGGCAAAUUCCAAAUGCAUGUGAUCGCCAAUACUUGAAGCACUGGGCAAGGGAAGAAUUUGAAAGAAAUAAAAGCGCCACAGAAGAGGAUACAAUCCAGAUGAUGAUUACUCAAGGCAACAUCCAGCUAAAGGAGUUAGAGAAAACACUCGCAUUAGCAAAAUCUUAACUCUAGCAUUAUUCUGAAGGAUUUCCAAAUCUUCAUGUGUUUUGUUGAGUUUAGGCUUAAUGGACAGCUCAAAGCCAAGUCAAACUGUUUGUAUGUAUAAUACUCAGGCACAGUAUCAGAAGGCAGAGCAUAGUACGUCAUAGCAAAGAAAAGCACAGUGAAACAACUGCCUUAGAACUAAGAAAUACACCUGAGUUCUGAAAAUGUUUCUGGAUGGGUCACCGUUUUCAUAAGAAGCAAAAACUAUUAACCACUUUCCACAUGAAAAGAUGCUCAACACAAAUCAUAGGGAAAAUUCAUAUCAAAACCAUAAUGAGAUAGCACUUCACUUUCACUAUAGUAGCUAUAAUUAAAAAGGGAAAUAAAUAUUGGUGAUGAUGUGGAGAAAAUGCUCAGUGGCACACACCUGCAAUCCCAGCAUUUUGGAACCUUCUUGAAAAAUCCUUCUGCAUUACUUUUAAGGGUUGUUGAGGUACUUUCUUCAGCUGUGCCAUGAUUUGAUAGCCAAAGGACUCUAAAAAGACCAUUACUGGCAAAUCUGGAUCUGUGUUGGAAAGAAAAGAAAAAGAACUUAAUGAACACAUUAAAUACCAAAAAAAAGGGAAAACUUAAGGCAACUUCUGGAUGAAACUUCCAUGAUUAUCUUAAUUUUGAUGUGGAUAGAAGUAUAUGCUGGAGGAAAAUCCUUGCUGUGUCAGGUUCUUCUGCAGGGAUAGGAAAAACAAAGAAUUUUGAAGAAUACAUCAGAGACAGCUAUAUCACAGCCAGAGUUGACUAUAGGACACUUUUGAAAGUGAUUAAAUUUAUAACAUACAGUUAAUGAAAGAUUUGGAAGCAAAAGCUUAUGGAAGAUGCUGGGGUUAUCAGUCCUGCAAACUGAAGUCCUGUUCAUCAACAGAACAGAGCUAAGAAGCUAAUCCAGGAAUCUGGCCAACAUCUGAAAGAUGUAGAUACAAUUUGGCAGAAUGAUACACGGUAUCAAGUACUGUACAAUAAGGUAGAGAGGCAUAAACCAAUGGUUUGUAUGUUAAUGACCUGGAUUCCCAGAGCCCACUCCUACCUUCCUGUAGCCUCAGAGUUCACAACCCAAAAUAUUUCUGUAUACUUUUCUGAGGGGGUAAUCUAAUUCAAAGUGCUUGUGUGAACGAGGCUUUAGGUUCCUAAAUAAGCACUAGUAUGUUGCAAAACCAUCUGACAGAAGCAUUUAUGAAGUUUCUGAAUAAAGAACACGUUGGAAAUA